AGUGAGCAGGCUCCCGGAGCGGCGGGCGUGGCUGGAGCCAGCAGAGCGGGAGGAGGACCGCGGCGCGACAGAUCACCCGCAAAUGCCUGCACAUUCCUCACUGGAUUACUGGGAUUCGGAUAGAGUUCUCUGAGCAGCCUUUUGCUCUCUGGAAAGAAAGAUGUGGAAAGCUUCGGCCGGCCACGCUGUGUCCAUCGCCCAGGAUGACGGAGGAGCCGAUGACUGGGAGACCGACCCUGAUUUUGUGAACGACGUGAGUGAAAAGGAACAACGAUGGGGCGCCAAAACCGUGCAAGGAUCCGGGCACCAGGAGCACAUCAACAUACAUAAGCUCAGAGAGAAUGUCUUUCAAGAGCAUCAGACCCUCAAGGAGAAGGAACUUGAGACAGGACCGAAAGCCUCACAUGGCUAUGGAGGAAAAUUCGGUGUGGAACAGGACAGGAUGGACAAAUCAGCUGUCGGCCAUGAGUACCAGUCAAAGCUGUCCAAGCACUGCUCACAGGUCGACUCGGUCCGGGGCUUCGGAGGCAAGUUUGGUGUCCAGAUGGACAGGGUUGAUCAGUCUGCCGUAGGCUUUGAAUACCAAGGGAAGACAGAGAAGCAUGCCUCCCAGAAAGACUACUCCAGUGGUUUCGGAGGCAAGUACGGUGUGCAGGCCGACCGCGUGGACAAGAGCGCCGUGGGCUUCGACUACCAGGGCAAGACGGAGAAGCACGAGUCCCAGAAAGAUUACUCCAAAGGCUUUGGUGGCAAGUACGGCAUCGACAAGGACAAAGUGGACAAAAGCGCUGUUGGCUUUGAGUAUCAAGGCAAAACCGAGAAGCACGAAUCCCAGAAAGACUAUGUGAAAGGGUUUGGAGGAAAAUUUGGUGUGCAGACAGACAGACAAGACAAGUGUGCGCUUGGCUGGGAUCACCAGGAGAAAUUGCAGCUGCAUGAAUCCCAAAAAGACUAUAAGACUGGUUUCGGAGGCAAAUUUGGUGUUCAGUCCGAGAGGCAGGACUCCUCCGCUGUGGGGUUUGAUUACAAGGAGAGACUGGCCAAGCACGAGUCCCAGCAAGACUACUCCAAAGGAUUCGGUGGGAAGUACGGGGUGCAGAAGGAUCGGAUGGAUAAGAAUGCAUCCACCUUUGAAGACGUGGCACAGGUGCCCUCUGCCUACCAGAAGACUGUGCCUGUGGAGGCUGUGACCAGCAAGACCAGUAACAUCCGAGCAAACUUUGAGAACCUGGCAAAGGAGAGAGAGCAGGAAGACAGGCGGAAGGCGGAAGCGGAGCGAGCACAGCGGAUGGCCAAGGAAAGGCAGGAGCAGGAAGAGGCCAGGCGGAAGCUGGAGGAGCAAGCCAGAGCCAAAACACAGACGCCUCCUGCUUCCCCCACUCCUCAGCCGGCUGAGGAGAGACCACCAUCGAGCCCCAUCUACCAGGACGCGGUCUCCUUCAAGGCAGAGCCAAUCUACCAGAGCCGCGCAGGCGGGAGUGAGCCCGAGCCCGCAGGCAUCCCCGAGGCUGGCAGCCAGCAGGGCCUGGCCUACACCUCCGAACCCGUCUAUGAGACCACAGAGGCCCCAGGUCACUACCAAGCAGAGGAAGACACUUACGAUGAGUAUGAGAGUGAGCUGGGCAUCACGGCCAUCGCCCUCUAUGACUACCAAGCUGCGGGCGACGAUGAGAUCUCCUUUGACCCUGACGACAUAAUCACCAACAUUGAAAUGAUUGACGACGGCUGGUGGCGCGGGGUAUGCAAGGGCAGGUACGGCCUCUUCCCUGCCAACUACGUGGAGCUGCGGCAGUAGGGCAGCGGGCGCCAUCGCCGGCCCGGGCGCCGAAUUCACACUACGGAUCAUCUUUGCGGGUUUGGGGUUUGUUUUGGGUUUUUGGGGGUUUUGUUUUUUUUCCGAGGGAGGGAGGGGGAUAUACAUAUGGCCUUUAUAUUUAAUACUUUUGCUGAUGCUUUUGAAGAUGUCUAUGCCACAGAAUUCGCUAAUAUAUUGUAAUCAUGUUCCUUAGGAGACCUUGGGUAAUGACUUUGAUCCAUCAAAGGUAUUUUCUUUUUUUCUGCCAAGUUGGCUGUCGGUGUAUAGCCAACUCGGGGGUCUGUCGUUCUCCCGAGGUCAGUAGGUAGUGCAUGUGUCCUUAUGCCCCUUGCGACAGUCGGGGAUCUCCCAGGACAGAGACGAGAGGAAAGGGGCAGACGGACCGAGACGAGGUGAAUUGCUAGAAAGCACAGGAGGCGCGCCGGCACCACAUGGGACACCCUGUCUUUCUUACUGAGAAACUGUGUUGUUUUCGACCCCCUUAAGCCAGGCCCCUGGCUUCCUCCUGUGUCACCCUCGCCUCCUCAACUCACCCUGGUCUCCGCACCUCCCCCGAUGCCCCAGCCUCCUGCUCAGCCUCUUUUGCCCUUCCACGAAGUGUCACCCGGUUCGUCCGCCGCUCCCCUCCCUGCCGUCUCAGUGCUGGGCCCGUGGCGACAGGCUGUCUUAGAUGCGCCAGACCCUGGGGACGAGCUCGGCCUUGCGGGCACAGGGCUGAGGUCUCGGCCCCGGGCUCGUGGCUCAUGGCACUGUGCCGCGUGUCGGCUACAGGAAGGCAAGUGCCUUCUCCCUGGAAACUUUCAGAAGCAUGCUCCUACCAGGGGAGCUGCAUCCUGUUUGCCAAAUAAUCAUGUUCAGUCAUAAUAAAAUCCAAUUAACGUAUGUGAGCGUGAGCGAGCCAGUGUUCUUACCCCAGGCCUCUCCCGGAAGCUGCAGUCCCCGAAUCACCUUCCACUCCUGUGUGGGGACACGCUCACUCAGCUGUACUAAGCUGGUCAUAUAGACAGUUGGACAGUUUGUCCUUCUGACGCAGCAGUAGGUGGGCCCUGUGUUGGGACAGUUGACAUUUCUGCAGUCCCCGCCUCUCCGUGAUUAGGCCAGGUCUUAUAUAUGACCUACCAUAUCUGGAAUUCUGUAGCACACCUCAUAGGUAUGAUUUUUGUAAUUAAAUACUCAGAAUAAACUUUUUUUGGAUCCA